AUGUCUCUUCUGCCCUUUUCCUCUUUCCCAUCUUCCAUUCUACCCGGGUUCCAACACUGCCAUAGUAACCAACAGUCACAGAGCACACACGUGUUCUCUUCAUCGAGGAGACUCACAACUCAGAAGCAUUCCUCACAUUACCGGUUCACGACUGAAGACUUUCAGAGCUUAUCUAGCAGAGAUUCAACCCCAGACCGAUUUCUCACGUCUUUUCGUCAGGACCCAGGAUUGAGAGUUUCUCUUUCAGGGACGAGGAUCAUCUAUGACCGGAAAUUCCUGAUGGAGUGUCGGAACUCCCCCGUGGCCAAAACGCCCCCGAGGGACCUGCCCACCAUCCCCGGGGUCACCAGCCCGAGCAGCAACGAGUCCUCCACAGAAGCCAGCCAGAGCCACCUGCGCGGCAGUCCAGAAGACAAGCCGGCGGGCAGUGAAGAGGCACAGUUUGAGAUGGACAUUUAAAGGACCAGCCAUCGGACAGAGCGGACUUUCUGGGCUCUCGGGCCUUCUCAGGAGAAGGACCACACCAGCCAGCCUCAGGAACACUCACGUCCAUGGCAGGAGUCGGGUGCGGGGCUGGCCACCCGCCCCUGCCCCACUCAGGGCUCCUGCCCCUCCUCUGAACACCAGCACAGACCUCCUCAUGCCUCUGAUGUGGGAGCUGCUGCCCAAGAGGUCUCUCUCGUCCGUGCCCUGCGAUCAAGUGCCAGCAAGUGGACACAGUUGCCCUCUGAGUGAUCGUCAGGCUCACUCAUCCCUUAGGUUGGGGAGCCUGGGAAAGCUCCCCUCCUCUUCCUUCCCCAAGAGAGGAAAUAAAAGCCACACUCACCCCAGGGCCGUGACAUGGGCCCUGUCUGAGCUCUUUUUAACCUU